AUGGCUGAAAUGCUGUCGAACCACCGGAAACGUGUUUCCUUGUCACUAGAGGUGCCUUCCAUUUGGAACGAAACAAAGGAAAAGGAGGAGAUUGUAGCUGAACGAGUCGGGGAGUGCUCCUCAUCAUCGUCCCGGGUUCUCUCACCGGAUGGAUCGAUCCAAAUCGAGUUCGAUCCACCGCCAUACGUUGACGAGUUCACACCGGUAAUGGGGAUUCUUGGUGCGCCGAAGUGUCGCUGCACGAGCUCCUUAUUAGCAUUGUUAUCAAUGAUGACUGGCCUUGUCCUCGUCACUUCCGGCGCCGCGAUCACCUUCUUUUUCUACACCCAGGAGGCCUUGGUGAUCACCCCGGGCGUCACUCUGAUGUCGAUCGGAAUCGUGCUGACGUUGCUGGGCUGCGUGUCGUGGGUGUCGCGCUUCAUGCUACACGAUUGCCUGGCAAGGGUCUACUCUCAUAUGAAGGCGGCUCCAGUGAAAGAGGCGCAACGGCGGCGAGCAAAACGGCUCUCUCGGAUGUCCGGCACGGUCUCCCGCUCGGCCACCGCCACUUCUCAACUCCCGUUGAGUCGAAGCGGCUCACAGGCCACUGUCACCUCGAAUUUGACGCCAUCAAAAUAU